GAGAAUUAGCGCCAAUAUUAAAAAUAGAUUAAGAAUUGAAGAUUUUUUUAAAGUAUUUUUAAUAAAUAAUGUUCACAGUCAAUUUUUAUCCGAUUUCUAAUUUUUUCUCAGUAUAAUAUAUUUUAAUAUUUUCUGUUCUUUUUAAAUGUAGCGUUAAUUUUAUUUUUCUCUUUUUUUCACUAUUUUCUUUCCUUGUCUAUACUUUACACAAUUUAUGUGUUUAAGAAACAGUUUUCGUAUCUGAUUGAUUUUAUUAUCUUCUUUGCUUAAUUUAUUAAUUAAAAAUUUUAAUAGUUAUAUAUAUAUAUAUUUACAUUCUUGUAUGUAGAAAGUAUAUAUAUUUUACAUGUAUAUAAAUUUUUCUUUUUAUAUCAAUUAAAUGUUUCCAAAAGAUUUACAAUCAAAUAACCUAAAUUUUAUUUGUUGUCAACAAAGUUUUUAUAUUUUACAUUACGAUGGAAACAAUUAAAAAUUAUUUAUUCUGUCAAGUUUGAUAUAUAAAUGUAUGUAUGUAGCUUCAAUUAAAUUUCUUAUGUUCAUGAAAUAUUUUAUUGUAAUUGACCUUUUUUAAUUAUGGAAAAAUCUAAAGAUACAUUUGCAUGGGUUCAUCAAUUAGAAUGUCCACCAAUAAUAUUCAAUACUUCAGUACAAAAAAUAUUAAAUUCAAGACUUAUAGGACUUAUGUGGGAUGAUUUAGCUGAUGUUAUAUUUAAUAUUAAAGAAGCCAAAAUAAUACGAAAAAAUAUUUUAUUAUAUCAUUUAAAACAAGGGACAUCUAAUAAUGUUAUUGAAUGUAUGAAAAAUUUAUUACAAUUAAAAUUAAAUAAAAAUGAUUUAAAAAAUCAAAUAUCUAAAUUAGAAGAAGAAUAUGAGCAACAAGAUUUUACAGUUAGACAAAAAGUUCAAAAGUUACAAGACAUUUCAUCCAAACGUUCUGAAGUAAGAGCAAAAAGAGAUUUACUUAAAAUGAAAUAUGAUCAAACUAAAACACAACUUAGUGACUGUAAUGAUAUGAGAGCAGUUUGUCAUUAUUUAAUGCCAAGUACUUGUAAAGAUUUAGAUCAUAAAAUACUAAUGGAAAUGUCAGAUGUGGUAACAAGUCUUUGGACUGGAGCAGAUAAAAGACAUGUGUGGGAUACAAUAUCAAGUAAUCUUAAUCAUAUUGAAGUAUCUACAUUAUGGCAUUAUUUAUAUCAGAAAUUAUCAGAAGAUGUGAAUAUAUUAAUUAAUUCAGAAACUAUGAAAUCAAUGGACACAGAUGAAAAAAAUAUAAAUAUUGCUAUUGUUAAAUUAUAUGGACAACAUAUUUCUAUGAUUUCUAAACGAUUAUUACAUAAUACAAGAGCAAAUCAUCAUAAGCAAAAUGUUUUGGAAUAUAUUGAAAAAAUUGAAACAGCUUCAAAUAAUUCUACAGAUGUAAGUGAUUGGUUAGCAUUAGCAUUAGAAGUUCAUAAAUUAGAAAAUGAACAAAAAAAUUUACAAGAAGAAAUUGAAAAAAUUCAAAAUGAUAUAUAUGAAAACAACGUGUGUGCAUUUGAUCUAUCACAAUUAAGUUUAGAAAUUCAAAAUGUUGAUACUGAAAUUGCAGAAUAUAUACAAAAUAUACGACAAUCUUUAAUUCUUUUAAAAUGUGCACCAAGAUUUCUUAUGCAAUCUAAAGAAAAAAUAAAUUUAGAGUUACAAAAAAUAAUAACAAUGCGGGCUGAUGGAUAUGAUUCUACAAUGUUAGAAAAUGAUUUAACUACUGAAUUAGAUAUAUUUUAUGAUAUUUUAGAUCUUAAUGCUUUAAAGAAAGUUAUGUUAAAAGGAGAGAUUAGAGUUUAUAGGCAUAUGAAAAGUUGCUUCAAUGAAGCCUGUGUUUCAAUUACUAAUUCUCAAUUUUCAAAUAUUAAAUCAUAUUUUCCAUUGAUUCAAAUACCAAUAUACUCUUUAAUAGAAUGUUACAAGAAUUUAAUUUCUAUGUAUAAAAAAUUCGAAAUUUUAGAAACUGAACAAAAUUUAAAUUUACCCAUGUUAACAUAUAAAGAAAAUAACUAUAAUACAAUUGAACUUUUAAACUUGUCAAAGAUUAUCAAUAUGAAAACAAGAACAGAAAUUGAUAAAUUUAAUGAUAUUUUAAAUGAUUGGGUAAAUCAACCUGUUCAAAAAGUAAUGGAAAUUAUUGAUAAAACUGUAGAUAAUGCUACUCUUUCAGAGUGGAUUGAACGUUACGAUGUAUUAUUAUAUAUGUUACAAAAUUCUACAUAGCGUUAUGUGUAUAAAUAUAUUCUAUUUUUUUGUAAAAAAUUUGUAUUGCAUAAAACUACAAUAUAUAAUAAUUUAUAUACACGA